AGAAACAAUGAAUCCAGAUCAGUACCAGGAGCGCGCGUAGACGCAACAGAGGUUAGCUCCCUCGAUUCUAGAUCCCAUUCUGAAUUGAGCCGAACGAUGCUAAUCCAAGACCGUGGCACCGCCGACGCUGCAUCUAAGCCCUCGAAACCCUCCCCUCGUCCACUCACCUAUGCCAACUCUGCAAUUCAUGGCAAGAAGAGCGGAGAUCCCUCCUUCUCCUCUUCGUCUUCGUCCUGCAGCACUUACAAACUCAUCGCCCUUUUGAUAUUCCUAGCCUCCAUUGCUGCUCUCUUUUUCCUCCGUGGCACUAUCGAUGGAGCUGCUCUCCUUUGCCUUGACCGCCGACCGACUCGCCCUCUCCCCGUCCGCAUAAGUUAUCCCGAGAUCUCCUGGUCCACCAUCCCCGCACUCCGCCCUGUUGACGAUGCCGCCGUCGCUCCGUUUGCCACCUUUCGCUCAGAGCGCUGGAUCGUUGUCUCCGUGUCCACCCCUCCCACUGAUUCGCUCCGUCUCCUAGUUAAAACCCGCGGCUGGCAGCUUCUCGCCGUCGGUAACUCCCAUACCCCCGCCGACUGGUCUCUUAAAGGCGCUAUAUUUCUCUCCCUUGAUCUCCAGUCCAGCCUCGGCUUCCGCACCGUCGACUUCUUACCUUACGCCUCAUAUGUCCGCAAAUCCAUCGGGUACCUCUUCGCUAUCCAGCAUGGUGCGAAGAUUAUCUACGACGCCGACGAUCGGUCCGAGAUACUUAGCGGCGACCUCUCCAAGCACUUUGACCUCGAUCUUGGCGAAGCCACUGGUUCCGCCUCUGGUUACCCUGUCCUCCUCCAAUACUGCCGCACCGCCAAUAAGAACCGAACCGUCGUAAACCCCUACGUGCACUUUGGCCAGCGUUCGGUGUGGCCGAGGGGUCUUCCACUUGAGAGCAUCAGGGAGGUCAGUCAUGAAGAGUUCUACUCGGAGAUCCGAGGCGGUGGGCAAUUUAUCCAACAAGGGCUCUCUAAUGGUCUCCCAGACGUCGACUCCGUGUUCUAUUUCACCCGCAAGUCAUCGCGCUCAGAGCCUUACGACAUUCUUUUCGACGAGGAUGCGCCGAAGGUUGCGCUGCCACAGGGCUUAAUGGUUCCUGUCAAUUCCUUUAACACAAUUUUCCACUCCCAGUCUUUCUGGGGCCUUAUGCUCCCUGUCUCAGUAAGCUCCAUGGCUUCCGAUGUCAUCAGGGGUUAUUUUGCCCAGAGGAUUCUGUGGGAAAUUGGAGGCUAUGUAGCAGUCUAUCCACCGACUAUUCACCGACAGGAUAGGGCGGAGGCAUACCCAUUUUCAGAGGAGAAAGAUCUUCAUGUCAAUGUUGCUAGGCUGAUUGAAUUUUUGGUCUCUUGGAGAUCAACCAAGCCAACUAUUUUUGAGAGAAUUUUGGACUUGAGCUAUGCUAUGGCAAAGGAAGGCUUUUGGUCAGAGAUGGAUGUGCAGCUUACAGCUGCCUGGCUGCGGGAUUUGAUUUCUAUUGGGUAUCAGCAACCAAGGAUGGUGUCACUGGCGCUGGAUGGGGUGAAGGAGGCUAGUAGAGAUCGGAGGGAGUUUGUGCCUCGGAAAAUUUCUUCGAUUCAUCUUGGGGUGGAUGAAUCUGGCAGUGUAAAUUAUGAGAUUGGGAAUCUUAUAAGGUGGAGGAGGAACUUUGGGAAUGUGGUGCUCAUUAUGUACUGCAGUGGUCCAGUGGAACGCACAGCUCUUGAAUGGAGGUUGUUAUAUGGGAGGAUUUUUAAAACUGUAGUCAUUCUGUCAGAACACAAUAGCACUGUUUUGGCUGUAGAAUACGGAGAGCUAUCAACAGUUUACAAGUAA